AUGAGCUUCCACUUGAGCGCCUCGGACGUCCACAUUGACGACAACCAUAUCUUGGUUGCGGUCCUCAGGGAUGAGGAGGGCGAGGAGCACGAAUCCACACUGGAUCUGGAUGAGUUCCUGGGAAACAACGAGGGCCGAUUCGACUGGGGUGGAAACGGCUUCUCCGGCAGUGCCCGGAAUGUGACCUUCUCCAUUGAGGGUGGUGGUGAGGUCCCAGUGCUGCGCGCCGAGCUUGCCAACUCGGAGGGCGAGUACUCCCCCGCCGACGUCAACCUGUCCGAGCACAUCGAGAACGACAACGGCAAGUUGGUUUACCAGUAG